CUGCGCAAGGUCCUCAAGGUCCUCGACGACCGCAUCCUCGUCUUCGACCCGCCCGAGACCAACGCCGUCGCCUCGUUCCAGCGCCAGAUCCUCCCGAUGCAGGGCAAGAAGACCAAGGACAUCCGGUUCUGCUUCGACCGCGUGUUUGACGAGGACUGUGGCCAGGAGGAGGUCUACGACGGCAGCGCCAAAGCGCUCGUCUCGCACGUCAUGGACGGCUUCCACUCGACCGUGUUCGCGUACGGCGCCACCGGCUGCGGCAAGACGCACACCAUCUCGGGCUCGCCGACCCAGCCCGGCAUCGUCUUCCUCAUCAUGAAGGACCUGUUUGCGCGCAUCACGGCCAAGUCGGACGAGGUCGACUUCUCGCUCACCGUGUCGUACCUCGAGGUGUACAACGAGACGAUCCGGGACCUGCUCGCGCCCGAGACCGGCGUCCUCCAGCUGCGCGACAGCCAGGACGGCAUGGCGACGCCGGCAAACCUGAGCACCAAGGAGCCGACGUGCGCCCACGACGUCGUCGAGUGGAUCACGCUCGGCAACACGAACCGCACCGUCAACUUUACCGAGGCCAACGCGACCUCGUCCCGGUCGCACGCCGUCCUGCGCGUCACGGUGACGCAGAAGCCCAAGGCGGGCGGCCUCACCGACACGUCGACGUCGGCGUGCCUGUCGGUCAUCGACCUCGCCGGCUCGGAGCGCGCGAGCGUCACCAAGAACCGCGGCGAGCGCCUCAACGAGGGCGCCAACAUCAACCGGUCGCUCCUCGCACUCGGCAACUGCAUCAACGCCCUGUGCGACCCGCGCAAGCGCGGCCACGUCCCUUACCGCGACUCGAAGCUCACGCGCCUCCUCAAGCAGUCGCUCGGCGGCAACUGCAAGACGGUCAUGAUCGUGUGCGUCAGCCCGUCGAGCUCCCACUACGACGAGACGCACAACACGCUCCAGUACGCCAACCGCGCCAAGGAGAUCAAGACCAAGGCGAUCCGCAACGUCAUCUCGGUCGACCGCCACGUC